UGUUUUGGAGACAAAAACCUCAGAGACAAGAUAUCUCAAAACCCUCUGAUGGACAGGUACUGCUGGAGGUAAGUGAGGAAAAGGGUUUUUUAUUUUGGUAUUUGGGUGAACCAAUCAGGUUUUUUAGGGUCAUCAGGAUCAGCUGUUUAAUGUCAUCAGGAUCAGCUGUUAAAUCAAGUGUUAAAUUCAUAAGCAAUAAAACACGUAUGAAUCAUUUCUACUAACUGCUACAGCCUUUCUUGGUCUGGUAUGACCAGCAGCUUAGCAAGUCACAGAUAUAAACAUAUAAAAGAGUUUUAUCCCAAAAGUAAAACAAGACGGAUUUCCUGCUUGUGGUAUCAUUCUGUUUGCGUUCGCUCAGGUCGACUAAUGAUGACGUCUCUAACGCAACUGACUCAAAAGCAUCUUGGGAAAUCCAAUGUGACGUUAUCCUGUAAUUACCACUUGCUGGACACAGUCGUGCUUCAAACAAUUUCCCCCGAAGCCACGACAUUGCUUCAUAUGUUCCAUGCGAUUUUUUUUAAGUCAGAUAAAUAACUACAAAGUAUGAACGGAUUAUACUGUUAAUAUUUAAAUUAGGGUCGCAGCUAAUGCUUAAUUUAAUUAUCAGUUAAUCUACUGAUUAUUUUUUCAAAUCAAAUUUAUUCCAUUUUAUGUUUAUAAAAAAUGACCAAAACGAUAAAUCAACUGUCAAAAAAGUUGCUUCUUAAUUUUCUGUCAGUCGAUUAAUCGACUAAAUGUUGGAGCUCUAUUUUGAAUAUUAUUAAUAUUAAAUAAUUCUCUUUUCAAAGCUGCAGCGUGGAUGAUGAGUCUGUGCUUAUCUAUCUAAAAUACGAUACAACUUGAUUUAUCCCCUGUGAGGAAAUUCACGAGUCACUCUUGCUCAUUUCAUUUCUCCCAAAAAGUACAUCCCAGCUCAGUGUGGAUGAGUGAUCUUUGACAGAAAGUUUUACUUUUAUUUGUCUUUCCUCCUUUCUCUCUCUUUUUUUCCCCCCACUCCUUCGGCUGCGUCCUCAACCGAUUAAAAACAAAGGGGAGAAGAACCUGCAGGAAGGUGUGUCCAAACCCCGACAUCACCACUGUGAGCAUUGUGGGAAAUCCUUCUCAAGGAGGAGCAAUGUCAUCAGACACCAGCGGCAUCACUGCAGCAUGACAGGAGGUGCACCGAGCCAGCCAGAGUCAGGACAGACGGAGCAGGAGAUGUAUUCAUGCAACAAAUGCAGCCUGACUUUCCGGACUAAAUGCCACUUAAGGCUGCAUGUGCGCGUUCACACAGAGAACAAUGAAAAUCGUGAGGGUAAAGAAAUAUCUGAAGGGGCUCCACGCGAGAGAUGUCACGCCUGCAAGCAAUGCAGCAAGAGCUUCUACUUGUUGCACACCCUCCGGCAGCACCUCCUCACCCACACGGGGGAGAAAUCUUACAGCUGCGAGGUGUGCGGGAAGCAGUUUGGGAGAGAGGGCACUCUGAAGGAGCACCUGCUGAUCCAUACGGGGGAGAAACCAUUUAAAUGCGAACAGUGUGGCAAGACCUGCGCCAGGAGAGGAGACCUCAAAAGUCACAUGCUUAGUCACUCUGAGGAGAGACCACACAGCUGCAGCUACUGUACAAAAAGCUUCAAGCAGCUGGCGAAACUGAAGCAACACGAACGUGUGCACACGGGGGAGAAACCAUAUCAGUGCAAGUUCUGUCCAAAGCGGUUUAGGAUCCACAUCGCACUGGCAGUGCACCAGUACACCCACUCAGGAGAGAAACCCUUCAAGUGCACCCUGUGCCCCAAGGCCUUCAGCGUAAGGAACAAUUUGAAGAAGCACCAGAUGAUACACACCGGGGAGAAACCAUACCGCUGCUCACACUGCGGCAAGAGCUGCCGUCUCCUGCAGCACCUAAUCAUCCAUGAACGCAGCCACAUGGAGGAGAAACCAUUCAAUUGUGACAAGUGUGGGAAAGCUUACUCCCAUCACUCAUCUCUGAAAACACACAUGUCCAUUCACGAGAAGAAACCACCACGCUGCUCCCUGUGUGGGCAGAACUUAACUAAGCUUGCUGAGCUUAGCAGUCACAAGUGCGGCAAGACGGCAGGGAAACCGCAUCGCUGCUCCCAGUGCGGCAAGUGUUUUUCCCAGGCUGUGAACUUGAAGAAACACCAGCUGAUCCAUUCGGGGGAGAAACCUUACGACUGUAAAGAGUGCGGGAAGCAAUUCAACCACAAGAGCAACCUCACCAAACACAUACGCAUUCACACAGGCGAGAAGCCCUUUGAGUGUGAACAAUGUAAGAGGGGCUUCAGGCUCCUACAGCACCUCACAAAACACAGACUAACACACAUCAAGAAAAACUGAGACUUUGGAUUGGAGAUCUUUUUUGUGGAAGGAGCUGUUGCUCAGGAGGUAGAGUGGGUUGUCCGUUCGAUCUCCAGCUCCUCAUGUUCACAUGUCAGAGUUCCCUUGGGCAAGACAGUGAACCCCAAAUUGCUCCUGAUGGUUAGGCCAGUGUCUUGUAUGGUAGCUUGCUGCCAUCAGGGUGUGUGUGUGUGUGUGUGUGUGUGUGUGUGUGUGUGUGUGUGUGUGUGUGUGUGUGAAUGGGUAAAUGAGAGGCAAAAUGUAAAGUGCAUUAAAGGAAUAGUUCAACAUUUUUGAUGAGAAGAUUGAUCCCACUAAAUAUGCCACCACCAGCAGCUGGCUAGCUUAGCUUUACAUAGAGACUGGAAACAGGGGUAACAAGAUCCACCAAUCAGCACCUCUAAAGCUCAGUAGUCCAGUACAUAACCCGCUCUAUAACGCUGAAUAGUCUUUACAAUUUAAAGCUCACAGAUUAACACGUUAAAGGUGCUGGUGGGCAGAUUUUGUUUUAUGGACAGAGCCAGGCUAGCUCUUUCCCCAUUUUUUCAGUCUUUAUGCUAGGCUAAGUUAGCCGGCUGCUAGCAUUAGCUUUAUACUUACAGACAUGAGAGUGAUAUCAAUUUUCUGAUCUAACUUUAUGCAAGAAAACAAAUAAAGGUAUUUCCCAAGAUGUCAAACUUUUCCUUUUAAAAAAAAGCGCUUUAUCAGUGCAGUCCAAUUGUCUAUUUUGCUGUCAGUUACAGUCAAAACUGAAGAGAGACGAGGUCUACAUAAAAAUGCUGGGCUCGACACCUAUCUAAUAACUAUAAACUAUGUAAACUAACAUCUAUACUACUACUAUUACUGAAUCCGUUUAGUCUCUGAGGCGUGAAGUCGAAAGUGGGAAAUGACAGGAAAAACAAUAAUGGAAGCCUUCAGUAAAGUGAGCACCAGAAACUCUUCAUUGUGCUGGUUUAAAGAGUAACUUAACAUCCCCCUAAAAAUCUUGUCUUUUUUGACCUCAGUGGUUUAUUGUCUCACCUUGCUCCAGUGACAUACAUGUGUAUUCAUUGUUGGGUGUUUGUUGUAAGUGCAACAAAGCACACUACUGACUACACCCAACCAGAGGUGGUUAGGGGUGAAAUCGUGGAUGUAAUAAGAUCUGGAUAUGGUGGCACUGCUUAGCCUUGCUUCCUGUUUUGCCCAGUGGUCACUCGCGGUAUUGCAGUGAUUCCCCUGUGGCCCAAAAAGCAUUUUCCCCAUAGGCCACCAUUAUUAAAGAGACGUCUGUAAAACUGACAGGACGCCUCAAACUACAAACAAGAUCAAUUAUGACUCUUUCUAUUAUGAAUUUUUGAAAAGCGAUCAUCCCAAUGCCAUAGCUCCCAACUUAAUACAAUUCUAUAAACAUUAACCACAUUCCUACAAUAUACAGAAGUAAAAACAGGUGCUACUGGCAAAAUAGGACACCUUAUGUUUUUAUAUAAAAAAAACAAAUUAAAGAUAAGUAAUUUCAACAUUUUAAUGUCUUCAAAUAACCAUAUAAUGAAAAUACAACACAACCGAGAUAGUGUUUUUUGCCCUUAUCUUCUUUUAAAAAUUCUAAACAAUUUGGUAAAAACGCCAUGCUAAAAUUAGAAAAACAAUUCAUAGGCCUACUGUUACAUUUAACGUUAAGGUAAGGCACAAAACAUUCUAGGCCUAAAGAGUUAAGAGGGAGGGUAAUGGUAGACUCCCAAUCCAUGAAGUACAAAGACACUGAACAAGUAAAUACCUCUGCAUCUUCAAUCACGCCAAAGUCCUCGCCACAUGACUUGUGGAAGCACUGUUUACAUGCAAUACACAUUAUCUAAUCUCUAUUCUCUGGGUCAUCUUUUUUUUCGCUCUAUCUUUUUUUGCAGGCUCUGCACACAUCUUGACCCUCAGAGCUUACGCCGUCUUUCACUCUGUUAUUUUUCUUUGAUUUUUGCUGCCCACAGCUUUCCUUUCUUGCCCCCUUCUUGAUUUCUUAUUUUUUUGCAUGUUUUCACACUUAAAUGUUUCAGAUCAUCAAACUAAUUGAAAUAUUAGUCAAAGAUA